GCAGGGGGGCAGCCCGGGGUGAGGGGCAGCCCCGGGGCCGGGGGGCUGUGAGUAGAGGGGGGGUGUCCCCAGGGUGGGAGCUGUGAGGAGAAAGGGGAGCUGUGAGGAGAAAAGGGGGCUGUGAGGGAGGGGCGGCCUCAGGGCCGGGGACUGUGAGGCGAGGAGAGGAGCCGCCCUGGUGCGGUGGUGCUGAGGCGUGGAGGCGAUGGCGUGGGGUGGCGGGUUUCUGUAGCGCCAGGAGUCCCUGGGAGCCCCAGUGUGCGACCCUCUGAAGAGGGGCUGAGGAGUGCUGUGGGGCUGAGCGGGGCGGUGCCCAGGGGGAUGCGCUGAGGGGGGUGCAGUCCUGGGGGGCUCCUCGAGCAGCCCCAGCGGGAGGGUUGGGUGCCGUCAGGAGUGAGGAUGAAGGAAACCUGCCGGAUCUGCGCCCGCGAGCUGUGCGGCAACCAGCGACGAUGGAUCUUCCACACGGCGGCCAAGCUCAACCUCCAGGUGCUGCUCUCCCACGUCCUGGGCAGGGAGCUGUGCCGCGAUGGCAGAGGCGAGUUCGCGUGCAGCAAGUGUGCCUUCAUGCUGGACCGCAUCUACAGGUUCGACACGGUCAUUGCGCGAAUCGAGGCCCUCUCCAUCGAGCGCCUGCAGAAGUUGCUGCUGGAGAAGGACCGCCUCAAGUUCUGCAUCGCAAGCAUGUACCGCAGGAACAACGAAGAGCCCGGCACGGAUGAGAGAGCCGGCGAUGGGACUGUGGACCUUUCUAACCUGCCCGAUGCGCGGUACGCUGCCCUCCUUCAGGAGGACUUUGCUUACUCUGGGUACGAAUACUGGACGGACCAAGAUGAGCACAGCCUGGAGCCUCACAGCUGCCACGCUUCAGAGGGAGCCACCAGCCGCCCGCGGCGCUGCCGGGGCUGUGCCGCGCUGCGUGUGGCUGAUGCCGACUAUGAAGCAAUUUGCAAAGUGCCACGAAAGGUGGCCAGGAGCAUCUCCUGUGGGCUGUCCAGCCGAUGGUCAGUGAGCAUGGGCAACGAGGAGUCAUCCGUGUGUGACCCAGCGGAGUCUGCUGGCGCCAGAGGGCCUGUGGAUGGGGAGAGCAUGGAGGAAGGCACUCCUGCAUCCUCUGUUGAGUCCCUGGACACAACAGUGGAGGCCAGCGCUCCCCAGCAGAAGGAUGAAGAUGUGGAUAAGGUGGUGAAGGGGAACGGGAAAUAUGACGAUUUUGCGGAGGACCGCAUGACCCCCAGCUCAUCACUCAGUGGAAACAGGCUGGAGCUUGCCCUCAGCUUGAUCAAGGGGUUAGACUACAAACCCAUCCAGAGCCCACGAGGCAGCAGGCUGCCCAUUCCUGUGAAGUCCAGCUUGCCUCCCCCCAAGCUCAGCCGUGACUUGGCAGAUGGAAGUGCUUCUGCUGGCUUAGCAGAUGCUGGUUCUGGUUUCCUGAAUGCAGACAGAAAAUCCUUUUCCAGAGCUCCUUUGGGUCUUCCCUUGGAGAUUCCUGAACUGCAAGAGCUGUGGGACGACCUCUGGGAGGAUUAUAUGCCACUGCGGGUACAGAAUCUGCAAGAUGAACAUCAGAAGCCAGCUCCAGGUGAUUCUGCAGCGAGGGAGCAUGCACCCGAUCUGUGUGCCACGGAACCACAGGGCAAAAUCCAGCAGUUUGAGGCUACCAACCAGUUAUUACAGGAAAAGCUGAAUGAACUGAAUUUUGAAUUAAAAUCUGCCCAAGAAACAUCGCAGAGGCAAGAUCAUACAAUUCAAAGCCUGAAAGAGGCCCUGAAGAGCAAGGAGAGUGAGACAGAAGAGCUGUAUCAUGUCAUUGAAGGGCAGAAUGAGACAAUGGCCAAGCUGCAGGACAUGUUACACAGAAGCCAGCUGGGGCAGUUGCAGAUGUCAGAAAGCUCACCUCCAUCUCAGGAGCAACAAGUGGCGCUGCUUGAUCUUCAGAACACGCUUUUCCGCACGCAGCUGGAGGUGCAGAAACUGAAAAGAGCUCAGCGUCAGAAAGAGAAUCAGCUGGUUGAAGCCAGGAGGGCUGCCCAGCUGCUGGAGACCACAGUACAUGAGGAAGAGCAGCAGAAAGAGGCAACCUGGAAACACAACCAGGAGCUGCGUGCUGUGGUACAGCAGCUGCAGGCAGAGCUGCAGGACAAGGCUCAGCAGAUCCAGACUGUGGAGUGGGAAAAGUGCCGUGAGCUGCAGGCACAGGAGCAGAGAGUUCAGUGUUUGAGUCAGCACCUGGCUCGCAAAGAACAGCUUCUCCAGGAAUCAAGGGAACUUCUGCAAUGCCAGCAAAGCUUGGGCAGGAGCUCUGCAGCCAUGGAUGCUAUGCUGGAGAAACUGCAGCAGCGAGUCAGUGACAGGGAUGCUGCGCUGGAGAGAGCAGUAGAUGAGAAGUUCUGUGCCCUAGAGAAGAAAGAACAGGAGCUGCAACAGCUCCGUCUCUCAAUAAAAGAGCGUGGAGGUGACCUGGAGAGGCUGCGCAACGUCCUGUCCAGCAAUGAGGCCACCAUUCACAGCCUGGAGAGCCUCUUGAAAGCUAAAACACUGGAACUAGAGCAGAUGUCAGCAACUUGUGAAAAUCUCCGCUGGCUCAAGGAAGAGAUCGAGGCCAAAUCCUGCAGCAGGCAGAAGGAGCAGGAGGGGAUCAUCCAGCAGCUGCAGACUUGCCUGCAUGACAGGAACAAGGAAGUGGAGGAGCUCACAGCAACUCUGCUGUGCAAGCUGGGCCCAGGACAGAGUGAGGUAGCGGAAGAGCUGUGCUUACGUCUUCAGCGCAAGGAAAAAAUGCUGCAGGAGCUUCUCAGUGACAGGAACCGUCAAGCUAUGGAGCAUGAUGCUGAAAUCCGGGAGCUUCUGCAGGCCGUGAACACCAGGGAGCAGUGGAGCAAAGCCACUACUGAGAAGAUGGCGCAUGCUUUGGCUGAAAGGAACUGCGAGUUACAACUCUUGCGCCAGUAUGUGUUGAGGAAGGAGCCUGUUGGGAUCCAGGCAACUGGUACAAGUCUGCUGAAGCAGGACAGACAACAGCCUGUACAAGAAAUACUACAAAGAGCUUGUGGAACUGCAGCCCUUGCUGGACCCCCACAGGAGGACAACAGCUGCCUGACAGAGGGAGCAUCAGCAGCAGAGCUGGAGAAGGAUCUUGUUAAUGCAAAAGAGGAGCUGAAGCUAAUGGCAAAGAAGGAAAGGGAAAGCAGACGGGAGCUUGCUGCUCUCCAGUCUGUUGUGACCACGCAGGAGGAAGAGCUGCAGGUGCAGGCUUCUGAUAUAGAGUCCCUGACCAGAACCAUCCAGAUCAAAGAGGACCUCAUCAAGGAUCUGCAGAUGCAGCUGGUGGAUCCCGAAGAAAUUCCGGCAGUGGAAAGGCUGACACAAGAAGUGCUGGUACUUCGCGAGAAAGUGGCCCUAGCAGAGUCGCAAGGACAAGAGGCUACUGGAAACAGAAGGCAGCAGUUGUUACUGAUGCUGGAAGGGCUAGUGGCUGAGAGGAAUCGGCUAAAUGAGGCUCUCCAGGCAGAGAGGCAGCUCUACAGCAGCCUGGUAAAGUUUCACACACAUCCAGACAGCGCUGCGAGAGACCGCACUCUGCAGGUGGAGCUGGAAGGGGUCCAAGAGCUCCGAGGACAGCUGGAAGAAGCUCUUGGAAGAAGCUUGGAGCGUUUGAGCAGGCUGGAGACACAGGGCCCCAUAGGAGGUCAGGCUGCAGGGACAGAGGCUGAUGAUGCUGCCUUUGCCAGCACUAAGAAAGAGGUGGCUCACAGCAACAUGACCCAGCAGACUGGCUCCCGGGCUCCUAAGGAAAGCAGAGGCACUGAGAAGAGGAGCACAGCCCCUGCCCUGGCAGAGCAGGAGCUGCGUGCAGAAGAGGAGCUGCAGGAGCUGAAGGCGCAGCUGGAGGAAGCAGGCUUCUCCUCCGUGUCCCACAUCAGGAAGGCGAUGCUGAGCCUGUGCCUGGAGAACGCAGAGCUGAAGGAGAGGAUGGGCGAAGCCACGUCGCUGCUGGAGAGUGGGGAACAGGAGGAGGCUGGGCUGGGCAAGUCCCCAUCACCAGAGCCCUGCAGGAUGCAGCGGAAGGGCUGCAACGUCCUUGGGGAUGGCCAAGGGCUGCUGGCAGAGAGGGGAGCCGUACCCACCAAGCGCCCUGCACUGGAGGCACAGUGCCAGGAUGAUGCGCCCAAAAGACUGUGCCCCAGCAGCCCAGGUGGAGGGGAUGGGAGCCAUGUGGAGGGCGUGGUGCCCUGCGGGAGCUGGCCAGUGCUGGGUGUGGAGCUGCACUCGCAGGUGGCACAGAAACAGUGCCAGGAGCUGCAGGACAAGCUGGCUGCCUCUGAGGCAAUGGUGCGGGCACAGGCUGAGCAGCUGGAGAAGUACCACAUCCUGCUCCGUGAGCCCCACGCCCAGCAGCUCAGCAAGCAUGUGCAAGUGGACUUCCAGGAUCUGGGCUAUGAGACGUGUGGGCGGAGUGAGACUGAAGCUGACCGUGAUGAGACCACCAGCCCUGAGUGUGAGGAGCCCGAUGUGUUCAGCGAGCCCAGCCUGGGGGAGGAGCUGGGUUCCCCAUACCGCUUGGGGGUGCCCAGGGUGGACAAGGCUGCCCUGAAGGCUGUGGCCCAGCCGGAUGUGGGAGCCUUGCGCCAGCACAUCCAGGACCUUAAGGCAAAGCUGCUCAAUGCCAACAAGGUGAUCCAGAGCCUGCAGCGCCGUACCCGCUCCAUCUCUGUCACCAGUGACUAUACCUCGGGCACCGAGCGGCCCCCACUGUGCCCCACUGUGCCUGUCUCACCGCCCCACAGCCUCACGGAUGAGGAUGAGGGCUGGCAGUCAGAUGGCCGUGGCACCUUGUGCCCACGGCGUGACCUGGAGCACCUGGUGCACCGCGUCGCACUUCUCGAGGCACAGCUGCCUCCUGCCAAGCCUGGGGGGGGCUUCCCCAAGGAGCUGCAGUCUGCUACUUGGCCAGGGAAAUACAACUCGCUGAUCCAAGCGCAGGCCCGGGAGCUCUCCCACCUGCGGCAGACACUGCGUGAGGGCCGUGGAGUGAGCCGCAGCCUGGCCCAGCACCUUCAUGAUGCACUGCACUCCUUUGAGGAGCUCCUUCGCGGCACCGACAUUGACUACUACCUGGGCCAGGGCUUCCGGGAGCAGCUGGCUCAGGGCAGGCAGCUGGCCGAGAGGCUCAGCGAUAAGCUGGGCACCAGGGAUCAACAAAAUGGGGAAGAUAAAUCUAGCCAUGAGCUCCUGGCACUGAGGCUCAGCCGGGAGCUCCAGGAGAAGGAGAAAGUGAUUGAGAGCCUGGAGGCGAAGUUGCAGGAGCGGUGUGAGUCCCCCGGCAGCAGUCUCCCUCCCUCUGAGUCGUCCCGCUCUGCUACCAGCACCUCCUUUGUGUCUGAUGUGCUGGAGCCCUGCUCUGAUGGGGAAGCAGCCAGCGAGUGCAGCCAGUGCCCCAAGGAGCCCGCCCGACUCCCGGGCCUCCACUUUGACUCCUUGUCCAAACCCAACAGUGCCCCCGUGCCAGCGCUGGCACCCACUCACCCCUUCCUGCCUGCUGGGCUCUCCGUGCCCCUGGGAUGCUGUGGGACACGUGCUUGCUCCCUGGCUGAGGCGCAACAGGAGCUGCAAGUGCUCCAGAAGCAGCUGGGAGAAAGUGUGACGCUGCCAACAGCAAAGCCCACAGCCUCGCUAGGCCCCUUUGGAGAGGGCAGCAAGCCGGCAGCAUCGCUGUGCCAGCACGGGGCUCUGCAGAGCCUAUCCAAGCCCCCUGCCCUCUGGGAUGUGCCUGCUGCUGGCCGGCUUUAUGGGGCACUGCCAUCAGGGUGCCCAAGCAGCCAGAAGCUAACAGGGGCAGACUUGCUGGAGGAGCACUUGGUGGAGAUCCGCAGCCUGCGCCAGCGCCUGGAGGAGUCUAUCUGCACCAAUGACCGGCUCCGGGAGCAGCUUGAACGCCGCCUGGCCUCCACCAGCAAGGCCAGCGGUUUGCCCAGUGACGUCUACACUCAGGGGCAGGAGCUGGGGCUGCAGCUGAGCGGGGAGAACCGGGCGCUGCGUGAGGACAACCGGACCCUGCGGCUGCAGUGUGACCACCUCUCUCGAGGUAGGGCUGGGCCACCUGCGUUCCAGAGAGGAAUUGCUGAGCAGGGUGACGGUGACAACUCUGUGUCCCCAGAGCUGGCACGGGUGCAGGAGGCCCUCCUAGCUGCUUGCUCACGGGUGCGGGAGGCAGAGGCUGAGCUGAGCCAGCGGCGUGGGGAGCAGCGGAGGCUGGCAGAGGAGCUCACCAAGCACCAGGAGAGCAUCCGGCAGCUGCGGGACGAGCGGCUCUCUCUGCAGGAGGACAACAACAGGCUGCAGCACACAGUGACGCUCCUGCAGCAGCAGUGUGAGGAGCACCGCCUGCUCCUGCAGGCCCUGCGCACGGAGCUGCAUGUCUACGAGAGCCUCCCCGGCCCCGCCACCGAGCCCCGCGCAGGCUGCUUCCCAUCUCCUCCCGUGCGGGAUGUUGGCACCAGCUCGGCAGCUCCCUUCUCUCCACCACGCUCUGACACGUUGAUGCCCCAGCAUACAGCUGAGCCGUGUAGGGCUGACCCUCCGGUGAAGAGGAGCAAGGGACCGGUGGGGGCUCACGUUGUUGGGUGCCUGGACACUUACCGAUCCCUGGAGCAACGCAUCCUGGAGGGGAAGGCGCUGGCCCAUGAGCUGAUGUGCCUGUCACGCCCAGCGCUCGGGCUGUCCAGUGCAGGAAAGGAGGUCCCGGGGUGUGCAGGUGCAGGGCACCUCUGGGGCAGUGCCAGCACCCUGCACCACGUCCUGGAGGAGUGUGCCUCACUCCUCACCACCUUCUGGAGCACUGUGCUGCCUGUUGGCCCUGCACAGCACCAGGGCAAGGAGCAGGCGUUACAGAGUGAGAUCACGGCGCUGCGUGCCCAGCUCUCCGAGAGGGAGGAUGCUCUGCAGAGCAUGGCCAAGCGGCUCCACAGCAUGGCCCGGCUCAAGGACAGCAUGGAGCAGUUCAUAGUCAGCCAGUUGACCAGGACUCACAAUGUGCUGCACAAGGCCAGGACAAACCUGGAGGUGAAGGCCCAGCAAGCCCUGCCAGUUGCGUGAGCCCCGGUCUGAACGAUGGGAGCAAUGUCCCUGGCCACACAAUGGCCCACACUGUGGAGGGCUGGAAUGGACAGGGCUCAGGGGUGCCCAGCAUUGCCCCAGGCACUGCAGUUAGUGAGUUUGGGCUCCUGUGGCAGUCGUGUGCCCUUCACUUGCCUUUGCUUGGCAUUGCAGCAGCUGGCUUGGGCUUUGCCUGCCCCAUGCUUCACUGCUUGCCCCUUUCCACCCACUGUGCUCAGAGCAGGGUGUCACAGCCCUCCAGGCCGAGCACCUCUUGCCCUGGGACUCAGUCCCAUAUGUAACCUUGCUGCAUACCUGCCCCUGCUCGUGGAUGUAUGUAUAUAUAUAUAUAUAGAUAGAGGUAUAGAUAUUGGAGCUGCAUUUCAGGGCCCUCCUUGGGCCUGUCAAGGCCCCAGCAUGGGAGGAAGAUGUAAGAAAUGACACAUUCUGUUCAGUGGCCUGAGAGUCCCCAAUAAAGGUUUCCUUUGGGUCCUGGUGUUUUCAA